AUGUAUCAGGCUUGCGGGAGGCAAAUGGAUAUGCUUCGGGGCCUGAACAGCAUCACGCACAAGAUAUCUGUUCCCACAGCCAGCGAGCAGGUCGAUGAUCUGAGGCUUGACGAUCGGGUGAAGAACGCGCACGAUGAGCCUCAGAUGGAGAACGCGUCCAACGCCUUUCCCACCGUCUACAGCAUCAGGGUGAAUUCACCGGUCGCUGGAUCUUCAAAUCAGGAUGUAUCGAUGAACAACCGAGAAUGGGAUGUCCAUAGCGUAGAAUGCGCCGCGGCGGAACCUCUACAAGACACCACCACCGCUAAUACAACGCCACAGAGCUCCGAAACUACAGACCAGCAAGCCUUCGACAGAGACGAUGACAUCAACAUGUCUUAG